CACUAGAUGGCCGUGUCUUUCUGCUUUUUGAGAACAAACCUCAAACCCUGACAAUUUAUAUCCCAAGAAACUAUUUGCUUUACUAUUAGACAACCUCCAAACGCAACACCAACCGGAUAACACCAAGAGGUUUUGGAUAUCUCAGAAAAAAGGACUUUGAAACCAUGUAGUGAACUUCGAAAAUUAAUUUAUAAAUCCGGGACAUACUUCGGUGUCAUACAUUUGGAAAACAACUCUUUUUCAUUUUGGACGUUUUGUUCGAAGCGCGCAUUAACACCAGUGAUGGACAAAUAUUUUUGACAAUAUUAUUGACAUGGGCGGGUUAUUACGUAGACUAUGAAGGGGAGACGUGGAGAAUGAAUCUCGAACAUCUUUGAAGUAUCGUUUAAACUUGUUGGACAUUAAAAUGACAACAUUUUUGCACCUGGGUUAAAACAACAUCCCGCUGAUAAGAAUAACAUCCUACAGCUAUCGGUUGCCUAAUGGAUUUUAAUCUCAGUCAGAUCAAAAGAAACUUUUACAUCUGAUUUGUCACGAGCGACUCGAGCAGUUUGCAGCCUUCGGAUUUUGACAGUUUAGCAUGGAUCUAUUGAGAUUUUCCAGACACUGUAUGUACAUUGCAUGGCUUGGCUUCUUAUGGAGGUGUGCAGCGGAUCAGCCCAGCCUGACAGACCACCUGCAGUCUGCCAAUGGACUAUCCGAACUGUGUGGUAUCGAUGAGCUGCUUUGCCAUGACGAAAACGCUCUGCUAAGUUUCGAGGCCAUCCGCAGCAUUCACAAAGACAUGGACGAUGAUGCAGACGGCAGCGUGGACGUGACAGAGACGGAUGGGUUUCUAAGGGAAGACUUGAAGUACCAUGACCCUAAAGCAAAACACAACAGCUUCCAUAGAGCAGAUAUGCUGAUCACAGUGGAGGACAUGUGGAAUACCUGGAAGGCCUCUGAAGUGUAUAGCUGGACAGUGGAGGAAGCUGAAGAUUGGCUCAUCAACUGUGUGGAGUUACCUCAGUAUGUUGAUUCCUUCAGGAAGAAUGACAUUAGUGGAAAAGCUCUGCCCAGACUUGCAGUGAAAAAUGCCACCCUGCUUCUGUCCGUGCUGAAGAUACCAGACCGCAGUCAUGCACAGAAACUACAGCUGAAGGCUCUGGACACAGUGCUUUUUGGAUCUCCACUGAGCAAACACAGUCACUUGAAGGAUUUGAUGCUGGUGGUGUCUAUCGUGAUUGGAGUGGGGGGCUGCUGGUUUGCCUACAUCCAGAACCGGAAUUCUAGGGACCACGUUGGCAAGAUGAUGAAGGACCUCGAAGGGCUUCAGAGUGCUGAGCAGAGCCUGCUGGACCUGCAGCAGAAGCUGCAGAUUGCGCAGGAAGAACAUCACACGGUGGCGGAGGAGAAGGUCAACCUGGAGCGGGAGAUGCGAAGCGAGAUUGUUGCAGCCAAGCAGGAGGCACAAAGACUAAGAGAACUGCGUGAGGGUACCGAGAACGAGUUGAGCAGACAGAAAUAUGCAGAGCAGGAGCUGGAACAGGUGCGAAUGGCUCUGAAGAAGGCUGAAAGGGAGCUGGAGUUGAGGAGCGGCUGGUCUCCUCCUGAAGCUCUGCAGAAAUGGCUGCAGCUCACACACGAGGUGGAAGUACAGUACUACAACAUUAAGAAACAGCAAGCGGAAAGACAGCUCAUAGUGGCUAAAGAAGGAGCAGAAAAAAUCAAGAAGAAGAGAGGAACUCUCUUUGGGACGUUCCACGUGGCCCACAGCUCUUCACUGGAUGACGUUGAUCACAAAAUCCUCACAGCCAAACAAGCUCUGGGAGAAGUGACCGCUGCUCUGAGAGAAAAGCUUCAUCGAUGGCAGCAAAUUGAGAUUCUGACAGGGUUUAAUAUUGUCAAUAACCCUGGCAUGUCGUCUCUGGCCUCUGCCCUCAACCUGGACCCUGCUUUCUUGGGCAUCCGCCCCAUUGUACCCCAACACCUACUGCUAUCCGAUGACCUAGACGACAUGGACGAGGACAUACUUUCCCCAGGAACCCUGCAAUAUGCCGCCUGGCAGAUGGAUCGGCGAGUGAGCGACCUUUGGCCUGUGGCUUCCGAGAGCCAAUCCCUGUGGAAACCAAUCCCUCCUGCUCCCAGCCUGAUGUCCCUUCGGUCACGACACGGAGACCCUAUGCUGAACCUGAGCUCUCAGAGGUUGGUAGAGGCUGGUGAGAGUGAGGUCGGGCCCCUGCGGCCUCCCGGUCACCCAUAUGUGCGGCAGGCUCGCAGCCACUCAAUCGGCCACGUGGAGUUUCUCCCUGUGCCGUCGCUGUCUUCCUCUCUGUCUCAUCCCUCCACCGUGUCUACUUCACUCCUGUCUUCCUCCUCCGGCUCUCGUUUUGCUGCGCUGCAGUACCGCUCCUCAUACUUCACCUCUAUGGAGGCGGUUUCAGGUCUGCCGCCAACAGGGUUCACUGCUUCACGCAGUGAACAGAGAACUGAAAGCAUUGGGGAUCUGAACCGAUCCGAAUCGGAUUCCUCUCUCUCAGUGUCUCAGUACGCCGAUGCCCAGCGCUGCACCUCAACUCCACUCUACAAUAAGCUGUCCAGAUCCAAUGGUGGUUCCUCCACCGACAGCCCACUGCUGCAGAAAAAGACCUUUGGCAUGGAGAAGUGUGCCAGUCUCGGAGAGAUCCACUCUCAGCCGUCUAGCCUCACCUCAGUUGGCUCGAUGCGCUCUCUCAUCUACACCUCCGAGCAGGACGGCCCGUCACUGCCAACAGGAAAGGGUGGCAGCCGAAUCUCUCAGAUCACAGGCAAGAAGAACCUGGGGGACGAGGACAGCGGCUCCACAGGAGACGACACUGAAGGCUCCAGCACGGGCCGCAAGAAGCACACCUUUACCAAACUCUUCAAGAGACCAAAGAAAUAACAGUAUAGGGAAAUGCCAAACACAAAUUGACUAAGACUAGCACAACGGUACUUUUUAACCUUGAAGAGUUUUAGGAAGAACAUGUAAUUUAUGUGGAAUUUUUGAUUUAUAUCGUAAUUGUGUUGACCAACGGGAACAGAAACAGUCAUUUGUUGGGAACAGGUAUGAUAUCACUGUACAUUUAUUUAUUUGCUUCUACAACUAAGGGCACUAGAUGGUAUUGUCCAUUUUUGGUGUGAGAGUUACUUCUGUUUUUAUUUGUAGUUAGCGUGAGCUGGAGCUUUCACUCUCAAAACAAACACCAAGCGCAUGCAAAGGCUUUCAGCACAUACAAAUGACUCCACCUACUCUCUAUGCUGUUGUUUUACAUAGGAUUUGCUUGGACUUCUUUCCUUUUCA